GCCGCUCAGCGUCAGCGCAAGAUGGCGGCCUCGGCGGCGCUGUUCUCGCGCUUGCGGAGCGGGCUCCGGGUCGGCGCGCGGGGACUGUGCACGCGGCUGGCGACGCCGCCUCCCCGCACCCCAGAGCAGGUUGCUGAGAUUGCCGCCCGUGGAGGCUCGAAGGCCCAGGGGCCACAGCAUCAGCCUGGCUCAGAAGGUCCCAGCUAUGCCAAAAAAGUUGCUCUGUGGCUUGCUGGUUUGCUUGGGGCCGGUGGGACUGUCAGCAUCGUCUAUAUUUUUGGAAACAACCCUGUGGAUGAAAAUGGUACUAAGAUUCCUGAUGAAUUCGACAAUGAUCCGAUUCUGGUUCAGCAGUUGCGCCGGACAUACAAAUAUUUCAAAGAUUACAGACAGAUGAUCAUUGAGCCUACCAGCCCCUGCCUUCUCCCAGACCCUCUGCGGGAACCCUACUACCAGCCACCCUAUACACUGGUCCUGGAGCUCACCGGCGUCCUCCUGCAUCCUGAGUGGUCGUUGGCCACCGGCUGGAGGUUUAAGAAGCGUCCAGGCAUCGAGACCUUGUUCCAGCAGCUUGCCCCUCUGUAUGAAAUCGUCAUCUUCACGUCAGAGACUGGCAUGACUGCAUUUCCACUCAUUGAUAGUGUGGACCCCCACGGCUUCAUCUCCUACCGGCUGUUCCGGGACGCCACCAGAUACAUGGAAGGACACCAUGUGAAGGACAUUUCCUGUCUGAAUCGCGACCCAGCCAGAGUAGUAGUCGUGGACUGCAAGAAGGAGGCCUUCCGGCUACAACCCUUCAACGGUGUCGCCCUGCGGCCCUGGGAUGGCAAUUCUGAUGACCGGGUCCUACUGGACUUAUCUGCCUUCCUCAAGACCAUAGCACUGAACCAAGUGGAGGACGUCCGGACUGUACUGGAGCACUAUGCCCUGGAGGAUGACCCGCUGGAGGCAUUCAAACAACGGCAGAGCCGGCUCGAGCAGGAGGAGCAGCAGCGCCUGGCCGAGCUCUCCAAAUCCAACAAGCAGAGCCUCUUCUUUGGCUCACUCACCAGCCGCCUGUGGCCUCGAUCCAAGCAGCCCUGACUGCUAGGCCUCCUCAGACUUGGUGUCUGGGCCCCAGGCCCCAGUCCUCACAGAGCAAGGCUUGGACAGCCACGUGUCCAAUAAAGCGCAUCCCAGAUGCCACAAUGCCUUUGUCCAGAGUUCAGAUGGGGCGUUGGGGUGAGGUCCGGGACUCAGGUCAUCAUCCACAGUGACCACCACCACCAGGCAGAGUGAGUGCCUUGUUGAUUCGGGGCUCGUGCCAGCCAGAGAAGCUGAAGGCCUGAAUUUCUGUCGCGCCAUGUCUUCCCAUUCACUGUAUGAGCUGCAAAGAAAGCAUCUCUCUGGCUCUGGAGUCCUUGUGUGCUAUGGAAAUAAAGAGAAGUGUGGCUCUGGAGAACCAGAAACGGCCGCUUGGCUUAGCUGCUGCCAGUGGCUCCUUGGGAAGCUGGUCCUGGAGCUGCUUGAUCAUCCACAGGUCAUAGAAGCCAGAAAGCAGGAUCACUUUUUUUUUUCUUUUUCUUUGUUUUGAAUAUGAGGUCUCACUGUUUAGACCUGGCUGGCAUUUCAUUGAUUUCAGAGAUCUGCCUGCCUCUGCUUCCAGGUGCUGGGAUUAAAGGUGUUCACCAUUAUGUCCCCCCUCCCAUUUUUCUUUUGGAGGCUGGUUU